GCGUAGCGAGGAGGCCGAGGUUCCCGGGGCGGAGGCCUCCCGAGACUGCGGGGGCCGGGGCCUCCCGGGGCGGUAGUGUCGACCGGGCGCGGGGCGGCGUUGGGGUGCGGGGCGCGCGGGGCAUUGUGGGGGCUCGGGGCGGGAGGGUCUCCGGUCGGGGCCGGAUCCCGGAAGGAGCCCCGCAGGGCCAGUUCCUGAUCCCCCAGCAGCAUGGCGUCCUGGGCUGAGCCCUCUGAUCCGUCUGCCCUGCUACUCCCUGGGGCCCCUCUCCUGGAGGGCUUUGAGGUGCUUGAUGGGGUUGAUGACGCAGAGGAGGAGGAUGGUGACCUAAGUGGGCUGCCACCACUAGAGGACAUGGGACAGCCUGCAGUGGAGGAGGCUGAGCAGCCUGGAGCCCUGGCUCGGGAGUUCCUGGCGGCCACAGAGCCUGAGCCAGCCCCAGCCCCAGCCCCAGAAGAGUGGCUGGACAUUCUGGGGAACGGAUUGCUGCGAAAGAAGACACUGGUCCCAGGCCCAACAGGCUCCAGCCGCCCACUCAAGGGCCAGGUGGUGACCGUACACCUUCAGAUGUCCCUGGAGAAUGGCACCCGCGUACAGGAAGAGCCCGAACUGGCCUUCACGCUGGGAGACUGCGAUGUUAUCCAGGCCCUGGACCUCAGCGUCCCGCUCAUGGAUGUGGGCGAGACAGCCAUGGUCACUGCUGACUCCAAGUACUGCUACGGUCCCCAGGGCAGCAGGAGCCCAUACAUCCCCCCCCACGCAGCCCUGUGCCUGGAAGUCACCCUGAAGACAGCAGAGGAUGGACCGGACCUGGAGAUGCUGAGUGGGCAGGAGCGUGUAGCCCUGGCCAACCGCAAGCGGGAGUGCGGCAAUGCCCACUACCAGCGUGCUGACUUUGUGCUGGCUGCCAACUCCUAUGACCUGGCCAUCAAGGCCAUCACCUCCAACGCCAAAGUGGACAUGACCUGUGAGGAGGAGGAGGAGCUGCUGCAGCUAAAGGUGAAAUGUCUGAACAACCUCGCGGCGUCACAACUAAAGCUGGACCACUACCGGGCAGCGCUGCGCUCCUGUAGCCAGGUGCUGGAGCACCAGCCGGACAACAUCAAGGCACUGUUCCGCAAGGGCAAGGUGCUGGCUCAGCAGGGUGAGUAUAGUGAGGCCAUCCCCAUCCUGAGGGCUGCCCUGAAGCUGGAACCUUCCAACAAGACGAUCCACGCAGAGCUCUCAAAGCUGGUAAAGAAGCGUGCUGCACAGCGGAGUACAGAGACCGCCCUGUACCGAAAGAUGCUAGGCAACCCCAGCCGGCUGCCUGCCAAGUGUCCGGGCAAAGGGGCCUGGUCCAUCCCGUGGAAAUGGCUGUUUGGGGCGACUGCUGUGGCCCUGGGGGGCGUGGCUCUCUCUGUGGUCAUUGCUGCCAGGAACUGACUGUCCCUGCUGCGCACCUGGACCCCAACCUGUGCUCCCUAACUUCCCCAAGCUCCCUGUCUACUGCCCUCCCUGGCUGAGAUGCCUCCUAUGGGUUGGGGGAGCAAGGAUUGAGGGUCACAUACCCCAACAAGCAGGAAGGACUGAGACCCUGAAGCAGGGGCAUGGGGUGCAGCCCAAAGGGAGGGGCCCUGUUCCUCCAGACCCAGUUGUCUCUCUCCUACAACCCUGUCCUCUGGGGUCAGGCCUCAGCUGGGGCAGCCUCAGUUUUCCCUCUCAGUAGGCCUGGGGGCAGCACUACCAUUCCUUCCUGCCCGCCUGCACCCUCUGUCCAGGCUCCCCCACAGUGAAUUAAAUAAAGCCUCACCUCGCACCCUA